AUGGGAGCCGGGGCUGAGGUCAUGCAUCAGGUCGUGCCGCUGCUGGAGCCGCCGUUCCACCGGUGCGUCGUUAAGAGCGUCGAUGUCAUGGAGGUGGUGGUCGCCGUGGCGCCUGGGCAGGUGCAGCCAGCGACGUCGCCGAAGGCCGUGGUGGAGGUUGCCGUAGAGGUGCCCGAUCUGGAGUUCAAGAGAGCUUCUAAUGCUGGGAGUAGUGUAUCUGCAGAACAACUGAAAUUUGUCCCGAGCAUUCGAUCUGGUAGCUUUGCUGAUAUUGGACCUAGGCGGUUCAUGGAAGACGAACAUAUUAGAAUUGAUGAUCUUUCUGGUCAUCUUGGCUCACUGUUGAUGGUCUCUGCGCCUAGCGCCUUCUAUGGGGUGUUUGAUGGUCAUGGGGGUUCAGAUGCAGCAGCCUACAUGAAAACACAUGCAAUGAGGUUGUUCUUUGAAGAUGCUGACUUCCCUCAAGCAUCACAAGAAGAUGAAAUAUUUGCUGAAUCUGUUGAGGAGUCAGUCCGCAAAGCUUUCUUGCGGGCUGACCUUGCUCUUGCUGAUGAUUCAGUCAUCAACCGUUCUUCUGGCACCACAGCGCUGACAGCAUUGGUCCUUGGGAGGCAAUUGUUAGUAGCAAAUGCUGGGGAUUGCCGCGCAGUCCUGUGUAGAAAAGGGAUAGCGGUGGAGAUGUCAAAGGAUCAUAGGCCGACAUACGAUGCGGAGCGUCAAAGGGUUAUCGAGUGUGGUGGAUACAUCGAGGAUGGCUACCUCAACGGUGUACUCUCUGUGACCCGGGCUUUAGGGGACUGGGACAUGAAACUGCCCCAAGGCUCUCCGUCGCCUCUUAUCGCCGAGCCAGAGAUCCACUGGACCACCCUGACGGAAGACGACGAGUUCCUCAUCAUCGGCUGCGAUGGGAUAUGGGACGUGAUGAGCAGCCAGCACGCGGUGAGCACGGUCCGCAAGGGGCUCCAGAGGCACGACGACCCCGAGCGGUGUGCUCGGGAGCUCGCCAUGGAGGCGAAGAGGCUUGAGACCUUUGACAACCUCACUGUGAUCAUCGUGUGCUUUGUCCCUGACCUCGCGGGGGCCUCAGCCGCAGCUGUGCCUUCAGAGGAGCAGGCCCCAGCGCCGGCUGGAAGGAUCAGGUGCUGCAAGAGCUUGUCGCCGGAGGCACUCUGCAAGCUGAGGAGAUGGCUCGAGUCUGACCACUAG